CCGUUUUCCUAUAUAUUUUCCUUUCAAUCUUUGAUUAUAAUUUUUCCACGAAUACUUUUCCGACUUUUUUGUUUUCCUUUUGGCUAUUUAAAAAGUCCACCAAACAGGUCUUUCCUUCACCCCCACCUUCUCUCCCUCUCUUCUUAGGUCUGCUGUAUCUUAGUUCUUGAUUAAUUAGCCAAUCACAGCAGCCAUGUCUCUCCUCAAUGAUCUCAUCAACCUCAACCUCAGCGACACCACUGAAAAGAUCAUAGCCGAAUACAUAUGGAUCGGUGGAUCUGGUAUGGAUCUGAGAAGCAAAGCAAGGACUUUGCCUGGACCAGUGACGGACCCUUCAAAACUCCCGAAGUGGAACUACGAUGGUUCCAGUACCAAUCAAGCACCUGGAGAUGACAGUGAGGUCAUUCUUUAUCCUCAAGCUAUAUUCAAGGAUCCAUUUAGAAAAGGAAACAACAUCUUGGUGAUGUGCGAUGCUUACACACCAGCCGGCGAACCCAUUCCUACCAACAAGAGAUUUAAUGCGGCCAAGAUCUUUAGCCACCCUGAUGUUGUUGCUGAGGAGCCUUGGUAUGGUAUUGAGCAAGAGUACACUCUUCUUCAAAAGGAUACUAAGUGGCCUCUUGGAUGGCCUGUUGGAGGAUUCCCUGGACCACAGGGUCCGUACUACUGUGGUGUAGGUGCUGACAAGUCCUUUGGUAGGGACAUCGUGGACUCCCACUACAAGGCUUGCCUUUAUGCUGGCGUUAAUAUCAGUGGAAUCAACGGUGAAGUUAUGCCUGGUCAAUGGGAAUUCCAAGUUGGUCCAUCUGUUGGAAUAUCUGCAGGUGAUCAAAUAUGGAUUGCACGAUACAUACUCGAGCGAAUCACUGAAAUCGCAGGAGUUGUUCUUUCUUUUGAUCCCAAACCCAUUCCGGGUGACUGGAAUGGUGCUGGUGCUCAUACUAAUUACAGCACAAAGUCAAUGAGAAAUGAUGGUGGCAUCAAUGUUAUCAAGAAGGCGAUUGAGAAGUUGGGUCUGCGCCACAAGGAGCAUAUUGCCGCCUACGGAGAGGGUAACGAGAGACGUCUAACUGGUCGUCAUGAGACUGCAGAUAUCAACUCAUUCUCAUGGGGUGUUGCAAACAGGGGAGCCUCCAUCCGUGUUGGUCGUGACACUGAGAAGGAUGGAAAAGGCUACUUCGAAGACAGAAGGCCAGCAUCAAACAUGGAUCCUUACGUUGUUACAUCAAUGAUUGCUGAGACCACCAUUAUCUGGAAGCCUUAAGAGGGGGUGGAAAUUGAAGGUUGUGAAAGACGAGAAGGAAAAACCUCAUUCAGAUUAAUAAAACCCCCUCUCUCAUCUUUCUUUGUUGGGCCACUGGUUGAACUUGUAUUUUAUUGCUUUGGUUUGCUGGUUUGCAAUUUAAAUUGUGCGACUUUUUAUUAUUAUUAUCAUUUUAGUUUAUACAGUCUUGUGCUGCUGCUGAUAUGUUCACAUGAACGAAAUUUAUCGUGUGUUAAAUAAAAUGGUAGUUGAUUGUUCGCA